UAUUGUGAUUGUCACCAUAUCUAACAGGCAAAGAAGGGACAGUUGUUCAUGGCAACCCGUGGGUGAGGCUCACCCAGCUGAGGUAACCAGCCUGCCUGCAUAGACUUCAGACAACCAUGUAAAGGGGUGUCCACUGUCAGAGGAGAGGCCACGUUUCUAUCAGUAUGGUGGAUGUGAAGUGUCUGAGUGACAACGAAUUGCGAAAGCAACUUAAGAAGCUUGGAUUCUCACCUGGCCCAAUAAUACCUUCCACCAGAAAAGCGUAUGAAAAAAAGUUAGUGCAACUGUUGGUCUCGCCUCCCUGUGAAUUACCUGCCAUGAGGAGACUUAAAAAGCUGCAUGGCUGUGAGGACAGCGAUGACAACGAAGAUCCAAGAGUAAAUAUCAUUUUGAAAGGAAAUAUCAAAUUCUCAAAGGACAGAGCCAAAGAAUGCAAAAGAUUUCCAGCCUGGAAGAUACUUCAGAUUCACCUUGCUCUUUCCCUGUCCUGUAAGUCCCUACAUGGUAGGCCUGCAGAGUGGUGCUUAGAAACCAAGACUGAGAAACCAGACAAUGAAAUGAAAUGGCAGCAGGCAGACAUGGGGAAGUCAAACUCCGAGUGUAAAAACUGGAAGAUGCUAGUUAAGAGACCUGAGGCUUCCACUAGUAACAGAAGAAUCUUAGACAUCUACUACCUGAGGCAGAAGCCCGCAAAGGGAGUCAGGUAUGCUGCAAGACCGAUUCCGCGAAUCAGUCAUGGGUGUGCCACCAGAAAGGACUACUGCCAAGAGAACCAGAGCCUGCAGAGCAGCUUCCUGAGCCAGAACCCUGGCAACAGCUUCCCAUGGAGCUUGAAGCUGGCCAUCCUUGGCAUUUUCAUCAUUGUGCUGUUUGUCUACAUAACUGUAGAAAAGAAGCCGCUCAUGUCUUAAACACUUCUUGCAAAGCGGAAGGGCCAGAGCUACAGCCAGGCAGCCCUCCCAACCCUUGUCCUCCAGGCUCCCCGCCCUACGCUGGCUCUCCUGGACUGUAUCCGGGUUCAGCUAGGUGGAGGAGCAAGGGCAGAACCAGGCAGCAUGCUAGGUGCAUGAUGGUCUGUAAGUCAAGUAAACCAUCAUUAAAGGUGCUAACCCAGCAGAGCGCUCUCUGUAAAGGAAACUGCCUGGGCCCUUUCCUCCCCUCCUCCCCUUGUUCCCUCCCUAUCCUGCUUCUAUCCCAAAGAAGUUUCAUAUUCUUAUAGCGGACCACUUGCUAGUACAGAA